AUGCCUCCAAAAGCACAACAAUCCAAGGCAGCAAAGGCUGCAGCAGCAAUGGCUGGUGGUAAGAAGUCCAAGAAGAAGUGGUCCAAGGGUAAGGUUAAGGAUAAGGCACAACACUUAGUCAUCCUUGACCAAGAAAAAUACGACAGAAUCUUAAAGGACGUUCCAACCUACAGAUUUGUUUCUGUUUCCGUCUUAGUCGACAGAUUAAAGAUUGGAGGUUCUCUUGCUAGAGUUGCAUUAAGACAAUUAGAAGAAGAUGGUGUUAUCAAGGCUGUUUCUAAGCACUCCAAGCAAAUGAUCUACACCAGAGCUACUAACUAA